AUGGCAAUGCUUUUCGUGGCAGCAAUUUUCCUUGGUGGAAUAAAGUUCACCAUAUCAGCUUGUUUGGACUCUGAUCUGUCUUAUGCUGCAAAGAUAGAUGCUGUUAAAAGUGUAACGUGGAAGAGCUACAUUGUGCUUGUGAACUCGUCGGAUGUUGUCGGUACCAUGAGGCCUUUCUGGAAGAGCACAGGAUUCUGCCCACCCGAGCCGCACCAGGACCCGGGAUUUUUCCUAGGGGAGGACAUGCAGCAGAAUCUGAUCUACAUCGCUUCAAUUCCUGGGCACGGCAGCACUCAGGUCCGAAUGCACUGGCUGCUCGAUCUCAUCAAUGCUAGCAUGCCCACAGACAGCAGCGCUCCUGUGGCCUACAACUUCAGCCACCUGGACGUGCUGCUCGACCGCCUUCUGAGCCUGGGUCUGAAACCGGGUUUCGAGCUGAUGGGCAAUCCAUUUCCGAGGCCCCUGAACUUUGAACUCCCGGAGGACCUGCAGCUCUGGAGAAAUCUGGUUGCCACGCUGGCGAGUCGCUAUAUGGGGCGCUACGGCGAGGAUUCCGUGACCCAAUGGAACUUCGAAUCGUGGAACGAGCCGGACAGCGAGGACUACGGACGCAACUUUACGGAGACAGGUCUGUGCAGCUACUAUGACGCUUCGGCUGACGGCUUGCAGCAGGCUUCCCCCCGGCUACGCUUCGGAGGACCAGCCGAGAACUUGGGCUCCAAGAAAAGGGCACCCCUGGCGUGGGCGCUGCUCGACCACAUUGAUCGCAGCGGCUCGCGCCUCGAUUUCCUCUCCGUUCACGAGAAGGGUGAGGCCUCGACGCCGGACAUCGUAGUCCGCGAAAAGGAAGCACUAUCCAGGAUCAGGGACCGAUGCCCGACCUUGGCCUCGAAACCGUGCAUAAACGAUGAAGCAGAUCCCUUGAAGAACUGGGCCCUGCCUUUGCCGUGGCGCGCAGACGCAACGUACGCGGCCAUGCUUGCCAGGCUGGUCGACCUACACCUGCGAGAGCCGGACGCCUGCGGGGACCUGAGCAGCGACAAUGGCUUCCUGAGCUACCCGCCGCAGCCGUUCAGUCAGCGGACCCUGCUGGCCCGAUUCCGAAUGAACGAGAGCGAGCCCCACGUGGUGUUCGUGCGCAAACCCAUUCACACCGUCACUGGCCUUCUUGGCAAGCUGGGCACGAGAGUUCUCGGAGCCAGUGUGGAGCCAGCGCCCGCCGACCAUGAGCCGACCCUCGGUGUCGUCGCCACCUCUGCGGGGUCCCGGGCGCUCUCGAUCCUCGUCUAUUACAACAACGACUCGUCGUGGGAGCCUGGGGUCGAAGCCCAAGUGUCGAUCCGUGUGCUCCUGGACAGCACCGCAUGGCCGAGAGGAUCGUCCUGGGCCGUCUACCAGCUCGACAACCACCUGACCAACCCGUACGCGGCCUGGAUACGCCAGGGUUGUCCGCCGUUCCCCAACCGGCUCCAGAUGAACCAGCUCAGGGCGAACGAGGAACCCCGAUUGGUGUCGUUCGGCUCGAGCCGGGCGGGCGACUCCGAGCUCCCGGUCGAGUUGAGCGUGGCGCUGCCCGGCGCAGCCCUGCUGGUGGCGUGCGGCGGCCCCUCAGCCAAGCCCGCCGCGCCCAGGGACGUGCGCGUGCACCGCGUGGCCAGCAACCGGAGCCUGGUGCACUGGCGGCAGGCACGCGACGGCUGCACCAGCGGGUACCGCGUCCUCUUCUCGGCCAAAGUCGGGGGCCCCUACGAGCCGCUCGGCGCCGGGGAGCCGCUGUUCCCGUCACUCUUCGUGGACUGCCAGCUCCUACCGGAGUCCGCGGCCUGCCGGGGUCCCGGCUUUCUCCGCGUCGCUGCUCGGGUGCUGGGAGCAGGUCGGAGCGCGCUUUCGCGCCCCGUGCCCUGCGCCCUGGCCCACGGGCCCUAG